UUUUAAUUCAGCUGUAUUUACACAGCUCUAAUCAUAACAAAUGAUAAAAAUUGAAUAGUAUCCACAGGCGCAAUACAUUAAACUCGACACUCAACAACGUCAACAUUACAUCACAACAAACAGUUUGUCCAACCAUUAUGAGCCAUGGCCCCAAUAUGGUCGAUCUACAGGAUUCAGUCCAUACGGACCUGGUCCAAUUGUUUGAAAAAAUGCAGACCUGUAGUCAUCCCCUUAGCGACGUAAUCAUCAAAUUACGUGAUGGUCGUAAUUAUUAUGCUCAUGGCUGGGUUUUAGCUUUCAGAUCUUGUUAUUUUCAACGGAUGCUCGAAUGUCGGCUUGGUGAAAGCCAAACACGAUGUAUAAGAAUAGAAGAUGAACCCUAUCUUAUCGAGCAACUAUUACGAUACCUGUACUUGGGACAAGUACAGUUCGAAAAUCUCCAUCAGCUUCUGUGCUUAUGCUUAACUGCUGACAAGUACCUUGUUGAUAGAAUGAAUGAAGCUUUGGUUGAACAUGUGCGAAAUGGAUGGAUCAACCAGUUCACCGCAGUUUCGAUCUAUCGAUUUAGUUUUCAUUUCGAGCAAAGAAGAUUGGCUCAAUUUGCUACCGAUUAUUUGUUGGAGAAUGGUCACCAGGUUUUAGCAAAUCGUUCGCUUAUGAAUCUGCCACCCAAACAAUUAAAAACAUUGAUAGUAAAUGAUGAUUUCCAUUGCAUAGAGAAUGACCUGCUUGAUUUUAUUUUAGCUUAUAUCAGCUACUAUAGCUCUGAGUACAGUGGCCAAAUUCAGGUACGAACAUUCGAUUCAACCAUUGUACCAUCACAGUUUCGCUUGAAAUUAGACGACAUUGGUAUUGAAACAAUCACCAUGGAUCCUGUAUUGACGAACGAUAUGGCCGAUAACCAAGAUAAGCUUUUCUUAUUGAAUCGUUCUGAUCAAGAAUCAUUAUUGCAAUGUAUACGACCACAAGCCUUGUUACAAACUGAUAAUCUUAUAAAGUCGCUGUUGUUGAUCUAUGAUACUCGACUAGUCAGUUGGUGCAAUGACCAGCUCCACUUGGCUGAUAAUCAAUGUCCAUUACGUCAUUGCUAUCCAAUCUCUAACCGUCGUCGUUAUCGAAUUGAACCACAAUCAGGUCUUAUACGACUUCAAAACAGAAUAUUCGUUGACACCGUACUGAUUGGACACUCGGAUUCAUUGCAGCCAUUGUCCCAGUGCUUUGUUGUGUUCGAAUAUGCAAUAGAUAAUCAUCAUCAUCAUCAACAACAACAACAAUGGCACAAAGUAGCUAGUGUCAAAAUGCGAAUGGUGAAUCAAAAGACAAUAGAAUUUCGUCUAGCUCGAAUUAUAGAUGCACUCUACAUUCGAUUGCCAUUGUGCAAUUGGAUAAGUCAGACAAGAGCAAUCGUAGCUGAAAUGGAUCUAAAUGGGCUACUGUAGUAGAU